AGCACUUUUAUUGGGAGGGGUGCGAGUCAACAUCGCUGGUCUGAUUGGGAUUGGAGGGUAUUUCUACUCGUAUGAGUGGCUUUAUACACACGGUCCAUGGCCCUUCCGCAUUCGUGACCCGAGUUUGAACGGCUGGAAAAUGGCAUGGGGUGACGGUCAGUCAUGCUACAUGGCCCGUGCCGUCGCGAGCAUAUUUCCUCCGCUAGGUUACGCCUUCUUUAUGGGGCGCUGGAAAAAGGCAAAUUUUUGGUUUACUUUGUUGCUCGCGGCGGGUCUCCAGUACGAAUACGCACGGCAGUAUAUCUUCUCGGGUAAUCGGCUCUUUUACAGUUUCGAGGCGAACAAGGAGAUUAACCGUCAGGCCAACUGGGGAUCGCUGAUGCCGGUCUUAGCGCACCGCGUAGAUCCCGACACAAAUCGGAACGCUAGUGCUGCACAGUUUCGCUAUUUUCGCAUCACCAGUGGCACAAUGCAGGACACCAUAUGGGAGAAUGCGGUUCAUGAGAAUCUACCACUGGCACGCUUUGCUUUGCGGUUGCCAAAUCCCUACUUCAACUGGCAAAAGGCCCCGCAGGCGUAUAAUGACAAGCCGUAUCUUAGGAAAAAUGAUUUAUGGGAGAUGCCACAGGUUCUGAACGCACAGAUGCGUUCGUCCACCAUGGACAAGCCCUCCGCCAAACCAAUGGCGUGA